GUUUGCAAUCAAAACUGCAGGCAUGGUGUUCCCUAAUACAAGGCGCUGCUGUCGCAUUGAAUCCACUUGGAUUCAAGCGCCCGAUGUUCGAUAUUGUGUUCCUCCACAUUGUAGAAGAACCGCGAAGUAGAGCUACACGUCGCGUAAAUAAUCGGUCCUGAUCAUGAUGCAACAAGAAGCUGCGACACAGGAAAACAAAACCAGCUGAAUCGGUCUGUCUCUGACUUUGCUUGGUCAGCAAAAAUUGAAACUCGGGCAGCCUGUCAUGCUGGUACAAAGACGAAAAAAACUGGAACUGUAUCGGUAACUUGCUCACAAAUCACCGUGGAAGUAUUCGUCCUAACAGCGGUAUGAAGUGAUUAAUCGGUCCUCGUUCUACUUGUGCUUUGUAAAUGCUGCCUGACCACUAGUACAUCGUGCACUCAAAGCAUCGUCCAGAAUUUUCCUCCAUCGUCCUUUAUUCUCGCCCUGUCACAUAUGGGAGUGUCAGGUUUGAAAUCGUCAAAGUUGAAAUAGUUUGUGAUGCAUAAAAUGCAAGCCACAAAAUGCUUGUCUUGCUGAGUAGGAAAGGGAAGCAGAUUGCAAGCCUGUUGAGGGUACCAAUAGAGCUGCUAAAGUAGCAUGACAAAAGGCGUCCUCCUUACCCAAACAGCAUGACAAACUGGGCUUCGGCUCUUCCCAAAUUUGUCAUGUGCCACUUAGAAACUGGACACCAACGGGCACCCACUUUAUGCAUGGCAAAUCAUUUCAACUUUGUCCAUUUCAAUCCUGACAGUUCCAUAUCACACCGUCACCAACUCCUAUUGGCGCCGUCUUUGCUGGUCGUGAGCACAGCUGUACAACCAAUCUGCCUCCAAAUAAAAUCCCUAAUUCUACUUCAGUGACGUCAGAAGAACGCAACAACCCCGUUAUCGCCUCUAAAACUUAACUUUCAAAACAAAUCUUCUCAAGAAAAGUACGAGGAAGUAUCCUGCUAAACUAAAACGAAAACUUUUGAAAAGAACUCAGACCACCACAAAACAAAAAAAUGGCGCAGCCCGUCCGUUCAACCGUGGCCAUGCGGGCCCCCGUGAAGGACCGCGCGCAGAUGUUCCAGCAGGGCGCCUUCAACAAGGCGGCCCCGGGCGUCCGCGCCGGCUCCAUCGGUGGCGACGUGAGCGGCAAGGUGGGGCUGUACUCGCAGGAGCCCGAAGCCCCGGAGCCGAUCAUGCGCACCGGCCGGAUUCCGAACUUUUUCAAGCGGAUCUUUGGCAUGCAGAUGAGCUCGGAUGACCUGAAGAACAGCAUGCGUAUGUUAUUUCUUUCUUUAUUGUGGAAGAAUGAAGCAUGACUAUGAGAAACUGUAGAUCAUUGAAGUUGUGAUAGGACGUAUCAAUUUCUACAUCUGUGAAAUUAUCCACGAGAUGAGGCAUGAGAAAUUCGUGUUGCAGUUCUUGUUAUGCAAAAAUAAAAGCUACCGAAACCGACUACAGGCGCCGACGGAACGAUGAUGACGCAGGGGACUACCAUGUCUCUCCGAAGUGACGGCACAUCUGUCUACUCGGAAUACGAAUCUGGGUCCUUCAUCGGCGACUUGAUGUUGCUCUUCGCGCUGAUCAUAUGCAAUGUAAAUUUCCUGUACAUGUACAAAAUGCAUGACAAAUUUCGCUAAGUUGCAGUGUCCAACUUGUCAUGCUACACUAGGAUUGAAGGCAAGUUUUGUCUUGCAGAUACUGCAUUUGUACGUGUACAGGAAAUUUACUGUGGAUAGAUCAUGUUCGGAUUGACCAUCGUCGCUCUGCUGUUGGAGUCCGAUCCGACGGAACUGUAUUAUUUUGCUUUUGAUGUGUUGUUCUUGUUUGUUCACCUCCAAUGAACCCGGAGUUUGAUGUGUGUAUUUCAACACAACUAUGUUUGUGAUACUUUAGCUGAAGAUCAUGCACGGUCGUGGCCUAAUUGAAUCGUAAAGAAUCUUCUCGAUAAAAUGCCGAUCAACAUACCACAGGGUGAGCAACAUGGCUCUGGGUGCGGACACCGGGCCAGCGUUUUCCCUUCCGGAGAUCUCCAUGCCAGCGAUUUCCAUGCCCUCCAUCUCCCUGCCGUCCUUCGGUGGCGCCUGGAACCCAAACUUCCGGGUCAGCGCGGGCGACUUCAUGUACUUUCGCUAUCCAAUUUUCUUUCAGUUGAUCGGGAUGGUGUAAACCCGUUCUUCUUGCGAGGUGUGGUGAGCUUGCACUUGCGCUCGUGUAGUUUACGGACCUCCAAAGGGAUGUAACUGUAAUUGGGAGGAGGGAAAAGUAUUUUACAAUGGGCGACGAGAAGGUGAGAACUACAAUUAGUAGAGUUUUGAAUACUUUGUUACUUGUCUUACGUUUUUUACACACGAAAUCGAAACAACUUUUGAUCAUUGUAUACUCUUUCACAAGAUUUGUAUGAUAUCAAUACCGCGUCAGUAGGACCAUCUGAUUUGUACUUUCCAUACAUUUUGCAAUUCUGCUUUUUUUUGUACACUAAACUACUCAAUAAAGACCCCAACCAAACGCAGUAUGUGAGAAAAAACUCCAGCUAUGACAGAGGUCCUUCUAGUUAUAGUAACUGGCCGUGGAGGAGGCGAUGCGGAAAUAUUUCAAAAUUUGAGAUGUUGCUGCACCGGAAUUAUGCGAUAGUAAAGACGCCAGGCAUAGUUAUAUCUAGAGACAACAUUUGUCACCAAUUGGUCUAUACCAAAAACCCAGAAGUACUAUGGUAAUCUGUUGAAAAACAAGAGGACUCGUGGUCGAGCGCUUGAAAUGAAUCCCGUACGACUUGCCACCUGCCGACAUGGCAGUGCGACAAAUGAGUAGAUGUCCUCGGCAUGAUGGGAGAUGACAUGGGACGAUGAAGCCAGAGAUUGUAGUACGAUCACGACGAAUUUACCAACAAACGACUUGAAUUGUUUUCAAGAAACCAAAGAACUCGAGAUGCAAAUGUCAGACCCACAAGAUUAACCAAGAGCCACUGCAUCAUUCGCAGCG